AUAUAAAGAAAACAAAAGAAAAAGAGAAGAAAAUCAUUAGUCUCUGUUUUCAGUCGAGUGAGUGCGGGAUUUCCAAGGACGAAGAAGAAGAACAACAACACGACCCUUCUGAAGACUGAAACCGAUUACCCUUCGUUUGGAUUAAUCCGCCACCGCCUUCCGCUUCGCCAUAUGGGUGUUCCCUUGAAAUGUAGUAGUGCGCUGUAAGAAUCGUUUACAGACUAAUGGCCAAGUGUCAUUCCAACACCAUCGGAUCAGUCGCUGUCGACGGAAUCGCCGGCGCCAAUGCAGCUACUAGACAUUUCCGAUUCUGUACUUCCUUUUCUGGAGCUGCAUUCCGUCGCAGAAUCUACGAUGCUGUUAGUUGCGGUGGGAGUUCUCGGUACCGCCACCGGUACAAGGAUGAGAUGAUGGACGAAGACCCGAGUACGGAGAACGGAUCGGCUUCUGCUUCUAGGGGUUUGAAAGAGGAGGAGCAGCAGCGGAGGAAUCGGAGAUUGGGUAAUGGAAGAUCCGAUAAGCUUGUGGAUCUUCUGAAUUUGGCUGAGUCGGUGGAGCCAGAGAAUGAGGCGGAAACGAGGAGGAAGGAGGAGGAGUUGAAGGAGUUGAAACGGACGGUGAAGGAUUUGCAGGCUGAGGAUUUGGGGAUGCGAAAGUCGGCGGCGAGCAAUGUGAGGCUUAUGGCUAAGGAAGAUUUGGUAAUACGAGGGACGCUUGCUCUUCUCGGAGCCAUUCCUCCUCUCGUUGCGAUGCUUGAUUUGGAAGAUGAACAAUCCCAGAUCGCUGCCCUUUACGCACUACUAAACCUUGGAAUCGGCAACAAUGCGAAUAAGGCAGCAAUUGUGAAAGUUGGGGUCAUCCACAAAAUGUUAAAGCUCAUUAAAUCACAGACUGCACCAAACUCAUCGGUUACAGAGGCAAUAAUUGCAAACUUCCUCGGCUUGAGCGCAUUGGAUUCAAACAAGCCUGUAAUUGGAUCGUCUGGUGCGAUCCCCUUCUUGGUCAAAUCCCUACAAAACACCGACAGUAGAAUCAGCAAUCAGGCUCGGCAGGAUGCUCUAGAAGCGCUCUUCAAUCUUUCAAUUGCCUCAUCAAAUAUCUCAAUUAUAUUAGAAACGGAUAUAAUCCCAUUUCUUCUUAACAUGUUGGGCGACAUGGAAGUAAGUGAAAGGAUCCUUUCAAUUUUAAGCAACGUGGUAUCAACCCCAGAAGGUAGAAGAGCAAUAAGCGUUUUUCCAGAUGCAUUUCCAAUAUUAGUUGAUGUUUUAAACUGGACAGAUUCACCUGGGUGUCAAGAAAAAGCAUCCUACGUUUUAAUGGUGAUGGCACAUAAGCUAUAUGGUGAAAGACAAACAAUGGUAGAAGCAGGGCUUGUAUCUGCUUCUCUUGAAUUAACGCUCUUGGGCAGUGCAUUGGCUCAGAAAAGGGCAUCCAGAAUUUUGGAGUGUUUGAGAUAUGAUAAAGGGAAGCAAGUUUCUGAAAGUUUUGGUGGGAAUCUGAGUGCUGCAGUGUCUGCUCCCAUUAUUGGGACUUCAUCUUCUUCAAAUUGUAAUAAUAUAGAUUCCAAAAUCUAUGUGGAAGAAUCUGAAGAAGCCAUGAGUAUGGAGAAAAAAGCAGUGAAGCAAUUAGUCCAACAGAGUCUACAGUACAACAUGAGGAAAAUUGUGAAGAGGGCCAAUUUGCCUCAAGAUUUUGUUCCUUCAGAGCAUUUUAAGUCGCUUACAGCGAGUUCAACUUCCAAAAGCCUACCAUUUUAACAUCAUUGAGAUGAAAUUAGCCUCUUCUUUUAAGUAUAAUCAAAUAGCAGUCAGUUUCAUUAGAGUUCUUUUAGUCUUUUUAGUUUUUUUGGUUAUGUGAAAAUAAAAUAUAAAGGACCUACCUCUGCUUCCAAAUUCAAACCUUAGGCAACAACCAGAUCCAGAAUCAAUUACUUUGAUAUCUUCUCUGGCGGUGGAAUUGUCUAAAGCUUGAAAAUUCCUGUGGCUGUUUUCACUUAGCAUAACAAAGCUCAUGGCACUGCUCUAGUACAGAUCAGUGGGUCACGUUCGACCCACCAUUACAAUUCAGCCUACCUUGGUGGCCCCUUUAAAAUCUUAACUCCGCACAGAUCUGGAACAAGGAGCUUGCUGAGCUGUUUUUAGCAGAGGCACAAUAAUGUACUCCAAGGCAUGUCUUGAGCACGAGGUAUUGUUUGUAAAUAUAGAAUUGGGUGAAUUCAUUAUGUGCCUACAUUAAGUAAUCUAUUUUUCAAUUUAGAGUUGCACUUCUGUCUUAUCUUUUUUACUUUUGCAGUGUCUCCCAUGUAAACUCUUCUCUUCUCUUGGCCUGUAGAUAACUUUAGAUUAUAAUAUCCAUCUCAUUCUCUCUUCUGUAAACAGUUUGUGAAACCUUGACCUUCAUUUCCUCGUGUUUUGACUAGUUGUGAGAUGAAAUUGAUAGCUAUUUCUCUGAUCAAAUUCUUCCUGUUGGUGCUCAAUAGUCAAGCUUGUUGGG